AUCAGGUCUCUACUAAUGAUAAAUUUAUCAUAAUUGCUGCAAAGUUCUAAUGGCCCGUUUUAUUUUAUUUUUACGUGACCACAGCCGCUUUGUUCUCCUCGCAAAAACGUGCGAAUUUUCAGCAAACGCCGAUGACAUAACGUUUAAAAAUGGAACUGCAAUUGAACUACGAUAGAUAAAAACACUGGCAGAUAUAGAGAUGAUCUAAUUCAAUCAAUAUAUCAAGCCAAUAUCUAUCGAUCGGGAGUGAAGACAGUUAAAUUUCGUAAAUUCAGUACUCAGUUUCGUGUUAAAUCACUCGACACGGUGUUAAUUGUUUCAUCAUAUAACUGUUAAGAUCGAGAAUUAACCAGAGUAAACACCAUCAUUCUUGCACUGAAGCAUUAUUGACAAGAAAACUUAUAAGCCAAGGCUCGACAAUUGUUUGGAUAAACAGCAUCCCCGCGAAAAAAGUAAUCCACAGUUCGCGGACUGGAGCUCUCAGUGUGCAUUACGAGUGGGUUUCAAGAAGUAAAACCAGUGACCGUUGGAAUAAAAUGAUUGUGUUCGAAACUACAGUGGCGGUUUUAAUCCAGUUUUGGUAAUUUUGGCCAGUGAUUCGAAUAAGAGGAUUAUGUUGCUCACUUUCUACGUGCUAAUUUGCAGGGUUUGGAUUUAUAAUAACACAUUAUUAGCCCAACACAUGUAUUAUUCCCGCACCAGUUUGCCUAUUUAAGCAACAUCUCGGACAAAAAGCCUGUGUUUGUUACCAACAUGUCGCAGAUUGACCUCAAAGAGGCUUUCAAGCAAAACAUCGUCCUGUUAAAAGCCAUGGGCUUGUGGUUUUUCCAAAACGAGCGUUUCUACAAAUUGUUUAAAUGUUUCGUCCAAGGCUCGCUAGUGUUCGAUAGCACGUCUCUAAUAAUCUACGUCGCUCUCAACAUUCGCAUCAAGAACGUCACUGACACGAUCUACAGCCUGCCUGGGUCCCUAGAAGUGGUUUUGCAAGCCAUUCUAUUCCGGAAAAAUUUCCAUCUGAUUAGGAAAAGUCUCAAUAAUUUGAAGCAAAAGGAAUUUCAACCCAAAAACGACACUCAGGAGAAAAUACUCAAAGAUUCGAUCGCCUUGUCGAGACGAGUGUUUUACUCGUUUUUUUGGCUAGUCUUUGUCAUGAUUGGCAUGUGGAUGGUGCUUCCUUUGACCAAGAAAGGGAAGUAUUUGCCAACGAAAUACUGGAUUCCUUUUGAUUACCGGCUGCCGGUUGUGUACGAAUUGCUUUACGUUUUCGAAUGCAGUUGUAUUAUCUUUCAUGCGUUCUCUAAUGUGGCUUUGGACACGUUUUUCUCAAUUGCAAUGAUCCAGAUAGGCGCUCAGUGUGAUGUGCUUUGUGACACUAUCAGAAAUAUGGAUGAGCAAGAAAAAACUAACACAAUGGAUAGAAUUUUGAUUGAGUGCGUCCACCACUAUCGUCUUAUCGAAGAUUUUGCCAAAUCGAUUGCCACUUCUUUCAAAGAAAUACUAAUGGUGCAGUUUGUGUGCUCUAGCCUGAUGUUGUGUGUGUCGAUGUACGAAUUAUCCUUAUCGGAACCGAUGAGUGGCCAUUUUUUCCAAGUCUUGCUCUUUCAGAUCUCGGCCACUAACGAGAUUUUUCUGUACUGUUGGUUUGGAAAUGAAGUUAUCAUAAAGAGCGAGAGAUUGUUUUAUGCCAUGUUUGAGUCAAAAUGGUACGAUUCUGCCGCCACACAUAGAAAAAAUCUCAUGAUCUUUGCACACCAAGUCCAAAAACCCAUUUCUCUCCUAGUGUGGAACAUCUUUCCCGUCGAUUUAAAAACAUUUGGAGGACUUCUCCAAAAAUGUUGGAGUUUCUUCGUGGCGAUGAAAAAUAUCCAGGAAAUUCAAGAAUAAGUACACUUGGGCUACUAAAUGAUUGAAGAUGCACCGCAAAAAAUUGAUAUUUAAAAAAUGUAUUAUUGAAACAUGUUUUUUGCCACCGUUAAAUUUGUAAUAUUAAUAAAAUUCCAUAUAAAACUUU